CCAAAUCGGGAUUACUGACUGCUCCUCUCCAGGGUCCCGGCUUGCUUGUAGCCGGUCUGGUCCCUCUAAAGCCUGGUCUGCAAAGGGAGGGAUGCUCGGAGGGUUCCCCAAAGUGAGGAAGGGAGGGCUGGAGGGAGGACAGACGUCCCGGAGCCCUAAUAACGUUGCGGCAAGAUGAGCGCAGGGUUUCGGGGAGACAAACGGCGCCCCUGCUGAGGAAGAGCCAUGAACCUGUGGGUCUUGCUUCUCCUGGCUGUGGUGAACCUUGGACAAGCCACCUAUAGGCCCCUGGAAGACCCUCCCUGUGAUAUGGUGGGCAUGGAGGUCCUGUGCCACAGCCGGGGGCUUCUGCAGAUUCCUGCAGUCCUCCAUGCAGACAGCAAGGCCCUUGACCUGUCUCAGAAUCAGCUGCAGAGCAUCCCGGAGACCCCGUUGAUCUUUUACACUGCCCUCCAACGCCUAGACUUGAGUUCCAACCAGAUCAGCUUCAUCCAGCCUGGAAUUUUCAUCAGCCUAUCUCAGCUCAAGCACCUCAACCUGGCCCGAAACCGCUUGGGACGGGCAUCCCCGCACAACGUCAGUGGGAGCAUCGGGCGCCUGCCUCAAGUGACCACCCUGGACCUCUCAGGCAAUGGCUUGUACAACAGCAUGGCUGAAGCCUUCCUGGAGGAUGCCCCCAACCUGCUUACUCUCUCCUUGGCAGAGAACAGCCUCACUCGCAUUUCCCGCUGGACCCUACAGGGAGUGCCAGCCCUUGAGGAGCUGGACCUGCAUAGCAACGUGAUCAUGGACAUCGAGGAGGGAGCCUUCGAUGCCCUGCCCCACCUAACCCACCUCAACCUCUCCAUGAACUCCAUCACCUGCAUUUCUGACUUCAGCCUCCCCCAGCUGCGAUUCUUGGAUCUGAGUCGCAACAGCAUAGAGACCUUCCAGAGUGCCACCACGGACCAGGAGUACCAACUCUACUGGCUCGACUUGCGAGAGAACAAACUGUCGCAGUUCCCUGACCUGCCCAGGCACAACCAGCUCAUUUACCUGAAUGUAUCCAACAACCUGAUCCGGAUGCACCCUACCUCCUCCUUCAGUGAUGGAGUCCCCGGGAUGCAGGAUUGGCCCAGUGGACCCCACUUGGUGCCCGACCCAAGUGGGAAUGAUAGCUCUGUGGCCCUUUCCCAACUCUUGUUCUUGGACCUGAGCUACAAUGAGAUUGAGGCCAUCCCCAAAGGAUUCUUUGACCCCAUGACUUCCCUGCAGUUCCUCAACCUCAGCAAAAAUUGCCUCCGCACCUUUGAGGUGCCUCAAGAGCAUUCCCUGCCCAGCCUGGGCAUCCUGGAUUUGAGCCACAAUGACCUGCAGGGCUUCACAGUGGGCAUCCAUGGACUGGCUAGCCUACAGCAGCUCUACUUGGAACACAAUGCCCUGGCAGCCUUAGCGCCUCUCACAUUUGCCAGCCUCCCUAAGAUCCAGCGGGUGGACCUACAAAGGAACUGGAUCCAUCUCUGUGGGGCCCCUCAGGACUUGGGUGAGCCCGCCGCCUCAGACUGUAUUGUCUUCUCCGGAAUCUCCACUCUCCGGACCCUGAACCUGGCGGGUAACACCAUGCAGAGGCUGCCGGCCGGUGCCUUCUCGCAAACCCCAUUGGUCACUUUGGACCUCUCAGCAAACCCAGGCUUAGAGGUCAUGCCUGGUGCCCUGGCUGGACUUGAAUCUUCCCUAGAGGUGCUGCAGCUCCAGGGGAAUGGCCUGGAUGCCCUUCACGUUGACCUUCCCCGCUUCACACGGUUGAAGCAGCUCAAUCUCUCAAAGAACCAGCUGAGCUGGCUCCCUGCCUGGACCUGGGAGGCCUCCCUCAAGGAGCUGGAUCUUCGGAACAACAGUUUCAGCCACCUCGAGAGCCGUGACAUGAGUGGCCUGGAGGGGAGCCUGAGGCACCUCUACCUGGCAGGGAACCCUCUCGCCUGCUGUGGCAACAGCUGGCUGGCAGCCGUGAUCCAAAGAGGGAGCGUGGACAUUGCCAACCUCGAGGACCUGAUGUGCCGACAUUCCAAGGACUUCAGCUCCCAGGAGGAUGUGCCCUUCCUCCAGGUGCGCCCCGAGGACUGUGAGAAAGAGGGACUCAAGAAAAUCAACGUGCUCAUCAUCAUCAUCUUUGCCCUAGUCUCCUCUAUUCUCCUCAUUGGCUUGGCUCUCUUCUGUUGCUUCUGCCGGCAAGAGUUUAACCAGCAUUUCAAAGCCUAGCCCCAAGAAGGUUCCCCAGGCCCUGCUGCAGGGUCAUUCUCAGUUCUCAAGGACGGAGAUAUGCGGCUUCAUUGAGGUCUUACAGACUUUCAAGCUGGCAGGGACCUUUCUUUUUAAGAGGAGGAAACAGGCUCAGAGAGGUUAAGGGACUUGCCUGAGGCCACACAGCUAGAUCUCCUGGGCAGCUGGACGCUUAUUUCCUUCUCUAAACUAGGCAUGACCUUUAUCCAUUCAGCUAUCCAUCAGCUGACUGUUGAACAAAGUCAGGGAUCCCCGAUCCUGUUUUCUCCCCUUCCUCCUCAAGAAAGUCCCUGGGGCCCCUUCCUUCACCAUCAUAAGGUUAUUUGAAGGAACUGCAGAGGCUAUGUAGUUCAAUUCAUUCAUUCUACAAAUGAGGAAACUGAGGCCCAAAGAGGUUACCUGCCCAAGGUCACACAGGCAAUAAGGUAUAGAGAUAGGAUUUGAACCCAAGGGCAAACAGGACCUUUUCCCACUGUAGCACACUAAGGCCAAAGCCAUCUUUAGAAGAGAUCUUGAAUAAAGUCAUCCCAGGUGAAAUUAUAUACUCCCUUAAGACCAAAAAGUCACCUAGAAAACAAAAACAACUCUUGAAUUUAUCUAGAAACAAAAUAUUUGUCACAAUUUAGGCUAAUUCUUAUAAACCUCACAUAUGAGAAGGAUAAGAAUUCCCCAAACUACAUUCUCCAUGAUCUGAAAACUAACACAGAAACCACCAACUGAGGCCACUCCUAAAUAGUCCAAUAUAAGAAGGUGACAGAAGACCCCAAUCCCAAGUAUGGGCAGAAAGUUGGCUGAUGUAGCUGGAGCAUAAACCAAGUGCUUAGGAGGAGGAAUGUGAGCCAGUGUUGGAAAAGCAGGAUGGCUCUAGAUUGUGGAAGGCCUUGAAGGACAGCAACAAAAGACAAAGUUCAUGAACUUUAGAAUUAUCAGAGAAACCAGAAAUCAUUUAGCCUAAGGAUUCUUAACCUGGUCUCUACAGACACCCAAGGAAUAUCUAUGAGCUUGGAUAGGAAAAAAAUCUACAACCUUAUUUUCACUAAGUUCUCACUAAAAUUUAGCAUUUCUAACUCCCUUAUGUUAAGGACAAGAGGAAACUGAGGCCCCAAAUUGGACUUUUCCUUGGUAGCCCCAAGAAAUGAUUUAUUCCAGGUCCUAAUUAAUCCAAAUGAAUGGGCUUAUGCUCAAUAAAUAGGGAUUGAGUGGGGGGAGACUUUCAAUUUAUUUGUUAUUUGUGAAUGUUGUGCUGUCCUUUUUCUAUUGCUAACAUUAAGGGGUUAACUAUAGAUUCUCACCCCACCCCUCCAUCUACUGUUUCUUCCCACUCCAGCAUCUUCUGCAAUAGCUUAGCCAUUUUACCCUUAACUCUUGCCCCUCACAAUCAGUAAAUUAUGGCAGAGUUUAGAGCCAGGGGCUGGCAGUGGGGGUGGUGGUAAGGUUGAGGCGUGGCAGAGUUGCCACUUUCAACAUCCACCCUGGCCACCCAGCGUGACUCCCCUCCUCCAGGAAGGACUAGGAGUUCCAGUGCUGCUGCUGCUGGUGGGUGUACAGGGCCAAGCCAAGUAGAAACUCUUCUCUCCUUACUAAGCUCCCCAAACAGGGGGUGAUGGAAACUGGCAGGCAUCUGGGCGUCAGGCAGUGUUGGCUGGGUCUGAAAGUAGUUAGGGGCAGUAAGCAGGACAUGGGGGCGGGAUUAGAAACAUUUGGUGUUCGAAUGGAAUGUAGACAGAAAGCUUGAUCUGAAGGGGAAAAUGUCUAAACAGUGUUUUCCCCAACUUGUCUCCCUUUCUCUUUCUAUUAUACAUGCCACCACUUCUCUCUUUAGGGCUUUCAUCGCUGUCUCUGUCUCUCUACUUCCCUGUCUCUCUGCAUGUCUAUCUGUUUCCCUUGCUGUUUCUCCAUCUCUCUUUCUCACCUCCUUCCAUUUCUACAUAUCUGCCUUUCUUCUGCUAUUCCCUCUCUUCAUUCUCUCUUCCUCUCACACCAUUCUGUCUCUGUCCCUCUCCUCUCCUUGUCUCCUCCUCCCUCCCUCUUCCAUCUCCCCUCCAUGUCUCUCUGCUUCUCCUCUCAUCUUUCUCUGCCUUGGUCUUUUUUUCCCCUCCUUCUCUGUCUCUCUUUCUCCUGCCAUUUGCUCUCUAUCUACAGAACAACCAGUUUGGUCCAGAUUCUAGUAAUUUGGAACAGAGAGGGAGGGGGAAGGGGGAAGGGAGGAGAAAGCCAAAUCAGUUAUGUGUCAUUUCCAUUUGAAUGAUCCAUCCCAUACAGAUAACCUGAUCAUUGAAGUUGAUUCUUCAUCAAAGUCGUGAAGCCCUGAGUUGUUGUUAAUUGAAGUGGUUUCUACUUUAGAACCUAGAAUAUGAGAACUCCGAGGGAACUCACUCAAAGAUGAGGCUCGGAGAUUGACCAUUUGCCCAAAGUUGCACAGAAGCUCAACACUUUUUACUACUUAAUAUAGAAGCUGGAAUAUUUUGGAGCUGUCUAGCUCUGGAGAAGAUGCUAAGGACCGUAGGAAAAAAUGAGCAAGUCUCAACAGCAGAAUGAGAUGAUCAUAUAGUAAGGGAUCAAUACACUCCCCAGGUCAAGAACCUUCUAUGAUACCCUGUGGCCUACUAGAAAAAUCUAAAACUCCUUAGUGUAGUAUUCAGGACCCACUAUGAUGUAGUAUAUAGGCCUUCCCCCAACUCAUUGUACCUCAUCACAGGUUAGAUGUUAAUGUCUUAAUAAUGUGUUAACAUCCUACUAUCCUUUUACAAAAUGUGAACACAUUUUUCUGAUUAAAUCAAGAAAUUGAGCUGAAAAUUGGCCAUGACCCAAGAGGCUUUUAAAUAAAGCCUAGAGUUAGUGAGAUUCACAUAAAUGGAGACAGGAGGCAGCAGUCUUUUCACCCCUUUGGUGGGACAGAGGGGAUCAUUAAGCACUUUGUAUUGUCUUAGCUCUUUUUUCUGCUGCCAGAUGCCCCACUUCUUGAAGCUGCUUACUGGCCUCAUCAACUACCCCUCUGUAUCCAUGUUGGUCUGGAGAGUGUGUCUCUGCUCCCUGCUGGAUGCAGUUUGGAAGCAGGGGUUACUAUCUCCUCUUCUCUGACCCGGGGCUUCCUAGAACUCUUGAACUGACCCUCUAACUGCUAAAUAGGGUGUUUCCCUACUGGUCAAGCUGCUCUGCUGUUAGACUGACCCUAUGGCAUGAAGGCAGAUGACAGUAGGAGUGGAAGAAAGAAAAUCCCCAUCUCUUUUCAAGUCUAUCAGAGAAAGCUCUUUACCCUUUGCAAAGGAAUAACUGGGUGUUAGUGAAUACCUUGUUAAUCCAUUAACACUUCACUUCUGGAUUCUUAUUGAAGAUAGGAGGGGAAGGGUGGAACCCUAUCCUUGCCCCCAAUAUCGGGACCAUCCCCUCAACUAGCAAUUCCCUAUUUUUUGUAGCCUUAUCAUCCUCUAUUCCCUUUUCUAUGCUCUUUGCUCCAGCCAAACCAGACGACUCAUAGCCUUUCAGUUUCUUGCCAGUGUGCCUUUGGUUGGCUUAUACUUCCUCUAAAGUAUUGAUUGUCAUGUUCUGCCAUCCUCUUAGUGCUCUGUCCAUACCAUGGGCCAGUCAACAUGGGUCAUUAUCCUUCUCUCCUAUACUGUAAGUUUUCUGAGGGCCAUUGGCACAUGCACUGGGAAUGAUCCCAAGGACCUCACUAAACCAUCCAGUCAGCAGGAGUGAUAGGCAGCACAUAUAAAGGGCAGGGGUGUAAUAAAUGUAAGGUUAUGAUGUGUUUAUUGGAAAUUACUCUUUCUUGGGAAAUAAUAAAAAUUCCCCAUGCCCUCCAUAGAGUUGCUGAACCAGUCAGUAGCCUUGGACACAUAAGGCAUGACAGGUCUGUUCAUGCUCUGUCUUGGGUUCCUAAAUGUCACUUAUCCAUUUAAGAAGUUGACCCACCCAAAGCCAGUUUUUUGUACUGUUAGAACCAAGACCAGAAUUUGGAAAAAAAAUUAUAUUGAGAAAGAGGUAUGGCAUUCAAUAGAAAUGAUUUAACCUAGAAUAAAGAGUAAUUGAACACCAAAAAUGGUAAGUAGGCGACAGAAAUGACCAAUUAUAAUAUUUUCAUUCAGAAGAUUAAUCCAUGUGAAUUAAUUGCCACAAUAAGGAGACCAAAAGAGCUCAGAAAGUGUCCCACUUGUACCCUUAAAAAUAUGAGAAAAGAGGCUUCCAGAACAUAUGGAGAACAUGCAUGUGAGUCAUUUAGGAUGGGGAAGGCAUAGAUGGUAUGGGAAUUCCCUAAUUAAUGAAAUGACAGAUGUAUUUGAGAGUGCCUUUGGUCACAAUGUUCCCUUUGACUGGAAUGCCCUUGCCUGAAAUCCUUCCAUUGUCACACAAGGCUCUGCUCACUUGGCUCACCUGCCCUAAAGCCUCUGCUGAUCCCAUCCCCCCCCCCUGAACCAAGUGGAAGUGAUCUCAAGGGAUCUCUUUUUUCCCCAGGACCCCCAUAGCCCGAUAUCUGCCCCUGGAAUCCCCAGAAGUGAGUUACCUGAAAGCAAGAGCAAUACAUUAUUUGUACCAGUGUCCCCCCCACAAUAGCCAGUACAGGGCCCUACACACAGCAGGUGCUCGGAAAAUAUUGAGUUGUACUGAAAAGAGAAUCCCAUCUCCCCAGAGGGAAAUCCAGGCGGGAAGUCCAGACCUCCUCCCCUCAGCUGCCUGGUCUAUGCUGUCUCUUCAGAUGCCAUGUAAACACUACAAGAUGCUGCUGUAUACAUUUAUGAUCAACCUAUAAGAAUUUUGUAUGAGCUGUAUAGAGAAACUAUGAAUAUAUUA